ACUUGUGUUGAAAUGAUAUUAGUUUUGUGUAUUCAGUGCUAAAGUGAAGUGUUAACUAAAAAUAAUAAAGUGAAAAAUGUCUGGUCGUGGUAAAGGUGGAAAAGUUAAGAGCAAGGCAAAGUCUCGUUCAAAUCGUGCUGGUUUGCAAUUUCCCGUCGGUCGUAUACAUCGUUUGUUACGUAAAGGCAAUUAUGCUGAACGUGUUGGUGCCGGUGCUCCAGUAUAUUUAGCUGCCGUUAUGGAAUAUUUGGCUGCUGAAGUUCUUGAAUUGGCUGGUAAUGCUGCUCGUGACAACAAAAAGACCAGAAUUAUUCCCCGUCAUUUGCAAUUGGCUAUUCGUAAUGACGAAGAACUGAACAAAUUAUUAUCUGGUGUAACGAUUGCUCAAGGUGGUGUUUUGCCAAACAUUCAAGCUGUACUUUUGCCCAAGAAAACAGAAAAGAAAGCCUAAAUUAAUCAAGACUAAAGAAAUAACAUCGAGAAAAUAUAAUACAGACCAUCGUAUAACAAAAAAUAGAACAAUCCGUCCUUUUCAGGACGACAAA